UCGAAUCGUGUGCGGUAAGAAAUGAGAAAGACAGCUACUUCGCUUUGGCAGUAGCAGUUGCAGUUCGUUAUCCUUAAAAUCACUCACCGGAAAACCACCAUCGGCGGCGGAUGGCAACGAUGGCACGAACGCCUUGGGUGAGGAUUAGGGCCUUCCCGAUGCUGAAUCCUCCGAUUCUGCACCAGUCAAACUUCUAUUUUGGGGGGAGAUGCAUCUCUAAAUUUCGGAGGGGUUUCUCGGUGUCCGCAUCUGUAGAUAAGGUCGAUGGAGGAGGAGUUCGGGUUCGCUUCGCACCUUCGCCCACUGGAAAUCUUCAUGUUGGUGGAGCAAGAACUGCCCUCUUCAAUUACUUGUUUGCUAGGUCCAAUGGUGGAAAGUUUGUUCUGAGAAUUGAAGAUACUGAUUUGGAAAGGUCCACUCGACAAUCGGAGGAGGCUGUGUUGAAAGAUCUUUCUUGGCUUGGUCUCGAUUGGGAUGAAGGUCCCGGUGCUGGUGGAGAAUAUGGUCCUUACCGACAAUCAGAAAGAAAUACUCUAUACAAACAGUAUGCGGAGAAGCUUUUAGAAUCUGGUCAUGUAUAUCGCUGCUUUUGUUCAAAUGAGGAACUUGAAAGAAUGAAGGAGGUAGCAAAGCUGAAGCAACUGCCUCCUGUAUAUAUGGGAAAGUGGGCCAGUGCUACUGAUGAAGAAGUACAGGAACAAAUGGAAAAGGGUACGCCUUACACAUAUCGAUUUCGCGUGCCUCAAGAAGGGAGUUUGAAGAUCAAUGAUCUCAUACGAGGCGAAGUUAGCUGGAACUUGGAUACACUUGGAGAUUUUGUAAUUAUGAGGAGCAAUGGGCAACCUGUCUACAAUUUUUGUGUCACUGUUGAUGAUGCUACCAUGGCUAUCUCGCAUGUCAUAAGAGCAGAGGAACAUUUACCGAACACCCUAAGGCAGGCCCUGAUAUAUAAGGCUCUUGGUUUACCAAUGCCUUAUUUUGCACACGUUUCCUUAAUUCUUGCACCUGAUCGUAGUAAACUGUCAAAAAGACAUGGUGCAACAUCAGUUGGUCAGUACAGGGAGAUGGGAUAUCUGCCCGAGGCUAUGGUUAACUAUCUGGCUCUAUUAGGUUGGGGGGAUGGUACUGAGAACGAGUUUUUUACUCUUGAACAACUUGUGGAAAAGUUUUCAAUUAGCCGUGUAAACAAAAGUGGUGCUGUUUUCGAUUCUACUAAGUUAAGGUGGAUGAAUGGUCAGCAUUUGAGAGCCCUUCCAUCCGAGGAAGUAACCAAGCUUAUUGGUGAACGCUGGAAGAGCACGGGUAUCCUGACAGAAUCAGAGGGGCCGUUUAUUGAGGAAUCAGUUCAGCUUCUCAAAGAUGCAAUUGACUUGGUUACUGAUGCUGACAAGGCGCUCUCAAACCUUCUAUCUUAUCCUUUACACACUACUCUAACAAGUUUGGAAGCUAAACCUGUUGUAGAAGAUGAGCUUUCUGAAUUUGCAGCCAGCCUCAUAGCUGCAUAUGAUAGUGGUGAAAUCCUUAGUGCGCUUGAAGAAGGCCAUUCUGGCUGGCAGAAGUGGGUGAAGAAUUUUGGAAAAUCAUUGAAACGCAAGGGAAAAUCGCUUUUCAUGCCGCUCCGACUGUUGCUGACUGGAAAAAUCCAUGGCCCCGAUAUGGGGACCAGCGUGCUCUUACUCCAUAAAGCUAGAACUUCCGGUGUCGUCGCUCCACAGGCCGGGUUCGUGCCACUGAAUGACAGGUUUGAAAUUCUUAGACAAAUUGACUGGGAAACAGUAAGCCAAGAUAACACUAUAUUAGAGUCAGCUGAACCUGCGGCAGUCCCCAACUGAGGUUUUAUACAGUUUUGAUCGGCUUUUCGAUGAAAUUUGUCAGUAUAAAUUAUGUUUUGGUAUGAAUAAUUUGUGGUUUUUUGUUCUUGUAAUCACGAGAAAUAACUAUCCGAUGAGAUGUACUCCGUAUUUGUAAUGCAGUGUCCAGUUUUUGGUUGAGUGUACACAUGCUGAUGUUGGCUCGGGGUGCAGGGUGAGAAAUUAUUGAAUGAGGUCACCAUAACGAGACAA